CAUGCCAUCUAUAACUAAUAAACCCUCCCUUCUCUCUCCCUCCUUAAACAAGCAUCCAUGGAAAGCAUGAUUGUAUUAGGAAAUCUCAUUAUCAUAGCUUUCCUCGCUCCGUAUGCGGCAGCGCAGUCGAACACGAACACGAACACAACCUGCACAGGGCCCAUGCUACGCAGCUUCGGGUCGUGCAUAGGGUACCUGACGACCAGGUCGAACGCGUCGUCGCCAACUUCAGCGUGCUGCAACUCGUUGAGAGACCUCAUGAGCAACGGCCAAGAUUGCUUGUGCCAGAUUGUGACGGGAGGUGUACCUUUCCAAGUUCCCAUCAAUCGAACUCUCGCAAUCUCCCUUCCUAAAGCAUGCAACCAAUCUGGAGUCCCAAUUGAAUGCAGAGCCACAGCUAGCCCUGUUCCAGCUCCAGCACCAAGGAAUUCAAACCCGUCUGCACCAAAUAAUAGAUCACCUCCUCCUUCAAUUCCUCAAGUUCCAUUUAUUCCUCAGCCCUCGACACCACCGUCUUCUAGGAUGACGCCACCUCAGACGCCACAAAGUGACCUAGUCCCGACGCUUACGCCACCAGGGAUGCGACCAACAUUGUCGGCUGCGCAGCCAUCUCCAAGUGCUUUUCCAUCUCUUCUUGUAGCGAUGAUGGGGGUCUUUCUCAUCUACUUUUGUUGAUAUGUAUAUGCUAUGUUUUUUGUGGAUUUUGGAUUUCAUUGAUUCAUUAUUUGUAUAAGAAUUUCUCUAUGAAGAAUAAUACUAUAGGAGUAUAUUUUCUGUU